AACUGUCAGAGGGGGAGAAAAGGAGUCCACACAGAGGAACAACCUUUACUUCRUUGAUAAAAAGCUAGAACAAAUCCUUUCUUAAAACAUUUCARCAGUCCUGUGGCACUUUUCCUGACUUCAUUCAGGAGCAGAGAUGYGAGGAACAGAAGUCCCGUUGAGCUGGCCUUUCAGUGGCGUCCAAAAGAUUUGCAUGUCUCUGAGUGCUUGCUGAAAGUAAAAAAUAAAAAAAACGUUAAGCAUUAAAGACCUCCCCCUGUUUCAGCACUUACACAACAGCUUGUUUUGUUUGAAACUCUGGAGAGAAAAUGAAUCAGUGUCAGAGGGUUCCUGCUGCAGGUUCAGUUCUGUCCGCAGCCAUGGCUCUGCUUGUCGUUGGGUUUCUGCUGACUCUGUCGUCCCUCAGCGCAGCCUCUUCUCCCGACUGUAAGGACCUGGUCCAACCUUUCACACCAGAUGACCCCAGUUCAGUGUUUGGAAAGUGGGUGUACGUUCUGGGAGCUGGUGACCCCGCGCCGUACCACAAAGCACUGGAGUCCCUCAGAAGCUCCUGGAUCGACUUGUCCCCCACGUCUGAUGCUUCAACUGUGACUCUGCGAUGGGGAGAUCACUGCUUUAACCGGUGUAUCUUCGGGGAGGUGAAUGCAACCAUCUCUGGACUUACAGCCACAUUUCGCAAAAACUUGUCAGAGCACAAAGGACAAAUCCUGCAGACUUGUUCUGGCUGCCUGCUGUGGACAGACGCUUUUCGAAACAGGGACGCCACCGGCAGAUUCAUUCUGCAGUUCACGAGGACAGGACAAAUAGAUGCCAAAGACGUUGAAAUGUUCAAGCAACAAGCAGAGUGUCUGAACUUCCCAAAGAACUUUCACAGCUACGACAACAAAACAGAGUUGUGUCCUGAUGAGAAAGAAACAACUGAGUGAGCAGCUGCUAAWCGAAGAGAGCUGAAGAAAUACGCACAGCAACAUGUAUUAAGAAAAAUACAAUCUUGUUUUGUGUUGUCUUUUCUCUCCUUUAUGCAAAAAGUUUGUAAAGUGAGUGACAGGCUUCCACCAGAAACACAUGUUGUUGUUUUUACAGUGAAACAAAGAAYCAUGUUAUCACAUAACCUCUUUAAGAACAUGAUAUUUUGAUAUAUAGGUAAAAAAAAAACUUUAAUUAUGUAGUUUGGGAUUUUUACUGUUUUGCCAACUUUCACAAAAUUGUGAAUUUAAAACAGACAAAAAGGGUUUUCUAUGUUUAGCCAGUAUUCAAUGAUUUUUGGUCAUUUGCUGUGUUUGUGAUCAAAUAACAUAAUAACAUGAUGGCAUUCACAAAGUUUGCAGAAUUUGGAAACUAACAAGUAUCUAACAAGACUUUGAAAAUCUACAUUCCUUAAAAUUUCAUAUACCUGCGUGUGUGUCAAGUAUAAUUUAUAUGAGUUCUUAUCAAACAAAGGUUUAGUGGAUUGGAAAUCUGCAGUAAUUACAAACAGUAGUUACAUUUGAUGCAUAAGAGAUUAAAACUUAUGUUGAUUUUUUUAUUA